UUGCUAAUCCACAGCGUUAUCUAUCCUAAAUCUUAAUUCCUAUCCUCUUAUCCAGUAACCGUGCUUAUUUGUUAGACUGGUGUUACUGGUAGGUGAAAGAAAUUUAAAAUAAUAAACUAGUAUUCUUCUAAAUUAUAAUUAGAUUUAUGAAUUUUUUGAACAGUGAUAACAAAUUGAACUACCAAAUUACGGAUGUAAACGUACCUAUAAAUAAACAUUAGGUACCUACUAAUAUUUUUGGAUUGUGUUCGCUGCAACAUAUUCGGACAGCAUGAACGUUGCCAAAGGAGUUCCACUAACGAAGCAGGAGGUCUUGUUGUUACUAAGCCUCGUGGAAAAUAACCCAGUUAUCUUCUCGAAGGGCACUAAUGCCGUUAGUAAUAAAACAAAGGAAGAUGCAUGGGUCAGAAUUACGCACCUUUUCAAUGCCAGUGUUGAAAGUGGACCUAGGAAACCAGAACAACUGCGUCUGAAAUGGGAAAACCUUAAGAAGAAUGCUCGGAAAAGAAAUAAUAAAAUAAUGCGGAAUAAUACUAUAAAGGCCGAUGGUGGCAUUGCCGAGUUCAUACCACCUGAUGUAGCACUUGAAAAAGUUUCCGCCAUUUUAGGAGAAUCAGACGCAAUGUAUGCUGACGAAAUUGAAAACUGUGAAGCCGCAAGAAUCCAAGAAGUAUUAAUACUACCUCAUCCGGAAUCUCAAGAGUCUUCUAACCAAAACUUCGAAAAUUAUUCCUUGCAAGAGAAAUCAAAAUUACGUAAAAUGCAGGAAUAUUUGCGCAAAGUCAAACAAAAAACUAGAAAAAUAAGAGCAGAAGAAUUAAAGAGUCGCAUCAGAAGAAACAAUGCUGUGGCAGAAUAUUACUCGCAGAAAACAAUGAGGAUUAAACAUGAAAAAGAAAUGUCUUUAACUAGUGAUAAAUUGAAAUCAGAAAUAGAACAAUUGAAGAUUAGUAAAGCUAGGUUAGAAUUAGACAUAAUGAGUAUGGAACUAAAGAAACGCAAUUCUGUAAUAUGAUAAUAUUAAUACCAAAGGGCUUUAUAUACACACACGUGUUUUUUAUGAAAAUAAGGAUCGAGUCGAGCAGGCCGUUCAGCUGAUGAUUAUUGAUACACCCUGCCCAUUACAAUGCAGCGCCGCUCAGGAUUCUUGAAAAAACCCUAAAUUUCUGAGCAGCACUACAAUUAUGCUCGUCACCUUGAGACAUAAGACGUUAGGUCUCAUUUGCCCAGUAAUUUCACUAGCUACGGCGCCCUUCAGAAUGAAACAAAAUAAUAUUUACACAUUACUUCAUCGCGGCAAUGUAAUGGGCCUAUAUAAAUAGAGCAAACUACAGAAAGACACAGAUUUGUAAUAGAACUUUUUUAAAACAAGUGUUCAACACAUGUUUAACCUUUUUGUAUUAAAACAGUUUGUCUUUAUCUUACCUUUGUCACUACAGAACUACGACAGGUAGAAGUAAUUUUAAACUUGGAGUACAUUGCGUUUAUCAAUAAGACAGAACAUGUUAAGUCUUAACAAUAGCCCAGUAAUUUCUUUAGCUAUGACGACCUUCAAACUGAAACAAAUUACCAAUCUAAUCGGCAUCCUAUGCAAAGAUGAUAAUACGGCUGUUCUUCCGUCUUUUUGUAAACGGGCUGUUUACAAAGCUAACAUUUCGAAUAAAUCUACCUCCACUGGCAACUUCUUAUCAUAUAAAAACCAAGAUGGCGAAUUCUAAAAUGGCCGCCAUGAUAAUUUAAAACACAAUUAUUUUACAAGUGUUUAAAAAAAUUGUUAUACUGUACAAUGGUAGGAACGAAACGCCUCAUGUGUCUGGCUUUUUUAGAUUGACAAGGUUAGCUUCGCUUGAUGCAGAUUUAGGUGUGUUGGACCGUGGUCUCUUACACGAGUUAAAACAAAGAGUACGAAUCUCUUUGCAGUUGCAUUAUAAGCAAAGUUAUUAGCAUAGCUACUUACAUAAUGUUAGCUGCUAACUAAAUUUCAAUUAUUAACAGAUAGCUGGCUUGAUCUAAGGGCCGAAUUCGCGUGAAAAAUGGUGUCUCACGCUGUUUAUGUUAUAUUAUUACUGUAGGAGUUUCAAUAUAUUAUAUUCCAAACAUACGAACAUCCCCAUAGAGUACAUACAUACCUACAUAAUAUAAAACCAUCACCCAAACAAUAGAUAGGUUACCUUAAUUUGUGUGUUGUAAUAUAUAUUUCUUUAAUAUUUUAAUAUAAUUAUCGUCACUGAAAAA